CUAGUUCCCUUUGCCUUACACCAUCGAUGAGCAUCAAAAAGAGUGGUGUUGACGAAAAAGUCAAAGUCGUUUGCAGGGUUCGGCCAUUUCUUGACCAUGAAGCUCCUGACGAUUCCGUUGCGGUAGAAGGAAGCGAAAUUAAGAUCACCAAUCAACGCAACACGAACGAAAUAGUGUCCUUUCGAUUCUCGUCGUGCCAUGGGCCAGAGGCGAAACAAGUAGAUAUAUAUGAGCAGGACGUCCAACCUAUGAUCGGCAAGGUGUUUUCAGGCAUGGACUCGACCAUAUUUGCCUACGGUGUAACAGGAUCAGGUAAAACCCACACAAUGCAAGGUACAGAAGACGAGCCAGGCAUUAUACCUAGAGUGGCGCAAUAUCUUUUUCAACGGCGAUUGGAUUACCCAAAGCACACAGUGAAGGUCCACGUCUCGUACAUGGAGAUUUACAAAGAGCUGGUUUACGAUUUACUGAUCCCACGGGAAGGGCAAGGUGCAGGCUUGUCCAUAAGGGAAGACUCCUCUCGCAAUAUCUUUGUUGCAAAUCUGACAGAUAGAGAAAUCAAUUCACUGGAAGAAUUUGACCACAUAUACAAUAAUGCCUGUAAAAAUAGAUCAACGGCAAGCACCAAAAUGAAUGUCUCCUCCAGUCGAUCACAUGCAAUCUUGUCAUUCCAAGUGACGGUGGCCAUGGACAACGAUGAGCCACAGAAGGAUGAUGAUAGCGAUACAGAACAAUAUGCCUUGUCUGGUAAAAUCAACCUUAUUGAUCUUGCUGGCUCCGAAGACAAUCGAAGGACGGAUAAUGGAAAAGAGAGGUUGGCUGAAAGUGGAGCGAUCAACAAGAGUUUAUUUGUACUCGGUCAAGUUGUGGAGUCCAUCAACGCAGCAUCUUCUCGCAUCCCCUUUCGAGAUUCUAAAAUGACUCGAAUCCUUCAACCUUCUCUCGGAGGUAAAGCACAGGGCAUGAUGAUAGUCAAUAUUGCCCCCGGCCAAAGUUAUUUUAUGGAUAGCUACAAUUCGCUUAAUUUUGCAACAAAGUCCAAGACAAUAGAAAACGCACCCACUGUAAACACCAUUUCACAAGAUGAGCCAUCCAUGUCAUCAGCGCUCUCGGAUACGCCUAAACUUGGUCAGGCAUUGCGAGUGGCAGUACUUCGCGGGAAAAAGCGGACAAGAAAGCGAAUGUCGGAUUCUGCAGUGGAUGGAUCAGCCAAAAGACGUUUAUAUGAUCCAUUUAGGUGGACGGGUUCUCAAAGCGGGAGUCUCAGAGAGCGAGAGAAUGAUGGAUACGACGACACGGAGCGAACAAAUUACUAUAACCGCAUAUUGAAGCCAUGGAAGCGGUUUGCCGCUGGGAACUAUGAUCCAUGGCCACGAUUUAAGCUGAAGGAUGAGCAAGUGGAAGCCCACUUGGAAUCACGCGUGGCUGUACUGGUUGCCGAAAAGGUGCAAGACCUCCAGAAAUCGAACACAGAAUUAAACACUCAACUAGAGGAGCAAAAACAGCUUACGGCAAACAUAUUGGAACGUAUGCAAGCGCUUGAAGCGAGGCUUGGUGAAAACGCAAGCAACCCUGACACGAUACAACACCAAUGACCUUGAAACAUUUACACACUGUAGAUUUUUAUUUAUACCAAACCAAUACACCUUAUCACUUAAUUUUGUACAAUUCAUCAUCUUUUGCAUGCAACAAUUUUGUCAUACGCUGGAGUCGCCUAUGAGUUUAUCCGUGCCUUACCUAACCUAUUUUAGCUCAAGGUUGAUCCGUAGCGUUUAGGCAGGCAGUUUUUUCUUUUUCUCAUCCUGAAAAAUUCUCAUAAACAAAAACCAUGCAUUAUAAAAAGACUGGCGAGAAGAUGAUUCCAGCAUCCACCUGGAUAGGAC